UCUCUCUCUCUCUCUCUCUCUCUGUCGACUAGACAAAACCAAUACUCAAACCAACAGAGAAAAGCAACAGCAAUGGAUGGUAUCAGCUGCACAGACGAGAGCACCACCAGCAGCGACUCUCCAUCCCUCUCCCCUCCCCUCCGUUUCUCCCCCCGCUCCAACCCCUCCCCUCCUCCUCCGGGGAGCCUCUGCCGUGUCGGCAGCGGGGCCAGCACCGUCCUCGACCCCGCCCCCGACGCCUGCGCCGACGCCGAGUCCCACAAGAAGCUCCCCUCCUCCAAGUACAAGGGCGUCGUCCCCCAGCCCAACGGCCGCUGGGGCGCCCAAAUCUACGAGAAGCACCAGCGCGUCUGGCUCGGCACCUUCAACGAGGAGGAGGACGCCGCCCGCUCCUACGACAUCGCCGCCCAGCGCUUCCGCGGCCGCGACGCCAUCACCAACUUCAAGCCCGAUGGCGCCGAGGACCCCGCCGAGGCCGCCUUCCUCGCCUCCCACUCCAAGCCCGAGAUCGUCGACAUGCUCCGCAAGCACACGUACCGCGACGAGCUCGAGCAGAGCAAGCGGAGCUACUCGUGCUCCGCCGCCGAACGGGCCGGGAGAGGCGCGUUCGGGCCUGGCCGGGCGGGGGGCGCGGCGGCGGCGGCCGCCCGGGAGGAGCUGUUCGAGAAGGCCGUGACGCCGAGCGACGUGGGGAAGCUGAACCGCCUGGUGAUCCCGAAGCAGCACGCGGAGAAGCACUUCCCGCUGCCGGGCGGGCCGUCGGCGACGCUGAAGGGCGUGCUGCUCAACUUCGAGGACGUCGGCGGGAAGGUCUGGCGGUUCCGAUACUCGUACUGGAACAGCAGCCAGAGCUACGUGCUCACCAAGGGUUGGAGCCGGUUCGUGAAGGAGAAGGGCCUGAAGGCCGGGGACACCGUCUGCUUCCAGCGGUCGGCCGGGCCGGAGAAGCAGCUCUACAUCGACUUCAAGCCGCGGGGCAAGCCGCCGCCGAGCCCGGCCGCCGCGCAGCCCGUACAGAUGGUGAGGCUGUUCGGGGUGAACAUAAUGGAAGUGCCCUACUGCGGUGGGAAGAGAAUGAGGGAUGCCGACUUGUUGUCGUUCGAGUGUAGGAAGAAGCGGCAGAUGGUGGUUGGUGCUUUGUAGCAUUUUCACAUGUUCCAUCUUUUGAUCUUUUUUUUCUUUUUUCCCUAGUUGUUCAUCAUGUUUUUGUGAAUUAUGUGAGGGAGGGGGGAAAGUGAGGGGAUGUUAUGUUGUAGAUCCAAAUCAAUUGUAUAUUUUUACA